AUGACCCGGGUAGCCGACGAGCUGACAACAAACCCAUUUAGUUUGCCUCCCGAGCUGGAAUGCUUCUGGUUGCAAGAGCCUGCAGCCGAAAGGCCUGUACCUCAAGCAGUCGAUGAGGCGCUUGCAGCCGCAAAGAUGAAGGCGGUGCGUUUGGAUGCCAUGGCGAAGGCAAAGGAAGAUGCCUUGGCGACUUCACAGCAAACGUUGGAUGAAGACGCCAAAAAGUUUGAGGACUAUUUGCAGGAACGGAUUGCCAAAGCUUCCUCAGCAACAAAGGAAAGUGAAAUGCAUGCGAAGGUGAAGCAGGACAAAGUAGCCAGAAUCAAAAGUCUCAGGCAGCAGAUUUCUGCAGUGCAAAGUGAGACGAGCAAGUUGAAGGAGGUCAGGGUGGAAUGUGAAAGAUAUAAGAUGUUCCUGGAAAAGAUAACGCCGGGCGAAUGGAAGGAAGACCAGCGGAAAAAGAAGGAGCAAAGGAAGAAGGAACGCGCGGAAAGGUGGAAGAAAGAGCGCUUGGCCCCCAUCAUGGAGCAGCUCGCGCAGGAGGAAGAAAAGCUCUUUGAAAAGAUCGCGCAGGAAGAGGCUGAGGCAGAAGCUUCCAAGAAACGAGGCAAGAAGCAAAGACGGAGGGAAGACGAGGAGGAGUUGCUGCAACGUCAGCGAGAGCGAGACAAUCGCCGUAAGCGUAUCCAAAAGCGAAGAGAGGAGGAAGAAAGAAAAGUCAACGCAGAGUAUGUUGCCGUGUCGUCCGAAGAGGAGCCAGAGCUUUUCUUCAAAGAACCGCAGCAGCUGAUGGACAGCUUCACGGACUUAGAAGAGUUGAACCUUUUCCUGAUCCAGAGCUCUCAGGAAGCCGAGCAGCAGCUGGAUGAGAUUCGAAACAGCUUUGAAGCUAUGAAGAAGAACAUGGGACACAAGGUGCAGCAGUUGAAAGAUCAAAUCACGCAGCUGGAGCAAAGCAUCAAGCAGGAGCAACGCAGGGGCGAAGAAAUAAAGCAAAGUCAUGCGGAAAAAGCCAGCACUGCAACUCAGGACAAGAAGCUGAGCAGCUUAGCAAAGAAGGUACAUGAAGUUUACACAAGAUGCAAUCUUGCAAGAGACCAGCAGCAGCAAGACACUCUGCAAAUGCUCGGCGCCAUUGAGUCGCGGAUCGAGGAGCUCAUUCAGGGCCUGGAUGAGGCCUUCCAGCAGGAUGAGGAUUUGGUAAUGCGCUUGGAGAAGAUCAAGGAAGGCGAUCGGCGAGAAAGGGUACGCGAGAAUCGCUUAAAAGAACAGUCAGAGAAGCAGGAAGACCGUUUGAAGCAAUCCUUGCAAAGAUCACAGAAGCCAGUUUUCAAGAAAGCGGGCAAGCAGGUCAUGUAUCGGUCUCCUCCACUACGACAGGAACGCAAGGUUGUGGAAGAUACUACUGAUGAUGAAGCUCAUGCCAGAGAUCAUAAGGUUUUCGACAUCUACAUUGACCGCAAAACCGGGGUGCCUCACACAGACGCACCUGUGGAAGAGUCGAGGCGUGCGGCCGACCGAGGCUCCGGCCCACUCAGGACCAUACACGAGUACGGGCAGGCAGUUAGGACACUAAAGGAAGACAAGGUGCUGAGCGACGAUGCCUUGUCCCACAGGCAAUCUGGUCUGGUGAGACAGGGUCCAGCUCCAGGCCUUGGACAGGAGAGGGUGCCGCAAUGGCCCCAGCAGCCCCAGCAGCCACCACUCGGCUCUGGGUUAGAGCCGGGCAUCGCCAGAGACCAUCGAGCCCAUUGGUUGGAUGGCAGACUGGAUGCCGCCGUCGGCAAGCACAAUCUAUACGAUCCCAGCCAACUUGGUGGAUCGAACCUCCUGUUCGAUCUUAAAAUUGGGCAGGAGCACGCUAAGGAGAACCGGCCAGGCAGUAUACCGGAAGGCUUGCAGGUGCUGCAAGUCGCGAUGCAGCUUAUGCGAAAGGGGCAGUUGUUGGAGGCCAAGAAGGCACUGACUGCAGCUUUACAUUUGCUUGGUACGUCUCGGGAUGUAUUGCCAGUUGCUGCUGAGCUUCGGCAUCAAAUGGGCUUGACAGAGGCAUCGCUCGAGGAGAUUGAGGUUUGGUUGGAAUGGAGAACAUCCAGCAUCAUGACAUGCUGGCAGGUGGUUUCCUCAACGUUCGCUGUGAUGUGCAUCCUUCUUGUUGUGUACUUUGGGCAACAGACAGCAGGCAUACAAAGAGCCGCAGAGCAGCUGGCGCUCAUAACAGCAUGGACGACUGGUAAAGCGUUCGGACCAGUCCGACACGCAAGCGCCAGAGCCACCAGCUUCGAGUGUAUGUCCGAACCGAUGGUCGGCAGCACUACUGGCCAUGUGGAGAAAAUCCACCAUCACACCCCGACAAGCACAUGCGGUGUGGAUACGGACGCAGACAAGAUGGGAUGGAUUCACGAAAGAUCAGACCAAAACCUGACAGGGGACCUUGGCCUGACGGACUUGAGGGAACCAGAGGCAGAGGAGCAUGUUGAAGACUGUUUCGCAGAUCGUGGUGCUGUCGUCGCCAAGAUCUUGCUAGCUGAAGAAGGCCACGAUGAAAGGUCCUCUUCAACUGUGCCGACAGUGCGAGAAGAAGCCACUUCUCGGGACAACGCAAUCAGACAUGCCAAUGUGGAGACGGAUGACAGCGAAUGGGGUGAUGCGAUCCUGCCUGAGAGCGCGCAGACUGGGCAGCAAGCUUUCUCCCUUACGAAGUGCGCUGACGAAAAAUCUGAGCAGUCUCCAGCAGCGGCAGCACAGGCACAUUUCCAUCUCACCAAGUCGAAGGUGCAUGAGGAAGCGGCAGCGAACGACAACGUAGCAAGUGCAGACUUUGCCUGCAUGGCGGAAGAGCACUUGCAAAUCCCUCGGAGCUUUCAACCACAACCAAAGCGGCAAAAGUGGAGAUCCAGGGUCAAGGCAGAAGAGCCUUUUUUUCCGACUGCAAAGUCCCAGCUCCCAAGCGCACAUGCUGUGUACGGGGACGAGGUGGAGAAUGUGAACGUACCAAGCCAGCUGAUUGGUCCGGUUACAUAUGGAAAGACCACUGUUGAGGCGACAAAUCUUGACGGCAAAGAUGAUGUAUCUGGGCUUCUCACAGAAAGCACAGAAGAAGACUGGGGAUGGGGAGCUGGCCGUCCAAAGGCUGCCAGUGAUGGAUGCAUUUAUUUCGCUGGGGCUCCGCCUCAAGGAAGGCCUCGCCAGGUAGGCCAGGACGGACUCAGAAGCGGACGCAGAUGGCAAGCUGGAGGCCGCGGCCGCACUGCCCAGACGCCAACUUUGGAAGACGAUAUGCUUGAGCUAGACGUGAAGUUGGAACAGGACGGCAACUUCUUCCUCGCCAAGCCCACGCGCUUCCGCCCGCUGGGGUGUUUUUUGCGGCUGCCAGGCGGUCGUGAAGGCUUCCUUCCGGUGGAGCAUAUCACUCCACGCGCAGAGGCUUCGACCAAUGGUGUUAGAAGCACAGUCACAAAGUCAUCAAAAGGUGGUCGAGUACGUGUGCGCGAGAUUGGUAGCGGCCGUGUUUCCAUGCUGACCCCAAACGAAGAGGCAAUGCAGUGCAAGGAGAUAGAAGAGAGACGUCGGCAUAUGGAAGACAGGAUUGAACAACUGCGUGAGAAUUACAACCCUGCAAAGUGGUUGGUCGGCUUCGUCUCUGCGGUGCAGCCGAAUGGUGUGUACGUCAGUGUUAUUGAUGGCCAGGACGCAAGGAUACCUCUGAAGGAAAUGCCGGAGAAGUUCUUAAAAUCCGAACCGCGGGGGAACAUGACGGAGGACAAGGGCGUUCUCAGCGAAAUUAAGCCAACUGUGGAGGUUGGCCAGGCGAUCCAAUUCCGUAUAGUGCGCUACUCGUGGGAAUCA